CUCACUUCAAGCCUCCUUGUAUAAUACCUUUCACACGACUCUCCUUCCGAGUUCGAAGUGGCAAUUGGAGCUACGGAUGUCCUGCAGCCUGCAUUCGGGAAGGAUUUCGUUGUUGCAGAGGAGAAGUUGAGGAUAUGAAAUUCCGGUCGAGUAGAGCUUCAUUGCUCUUCAACAGCUCCCCAACCGCCCCCAUUCAGUUAUAUUCUACAUGUUCUGGGUGCCAAUUGGCUGGACGACCGUCAUUACGAAUUAUCCCAACUUCGAUAUACCGCCAUCCUGCUCGAAGGAGGCAGUCCGCGUGGGCUCAGGCUGUUUCAGUUGCGUCCAAUGUUUUCUCCAAUGCGACAGCACGCGCCGCAAGCCAUGGAGAUGUCAGCGUGGAUCCGUUGCGAAUGGUGGCCAAAGAAAUGAAGUUCUUGACGGGUAACAUACGGCAGUUGCUCGGCUCCGGACACCCCUCUCUCGAUACUGUUGCGAAAUACUAUACUCAAGCAGAAGGGAAACACGUCCGGCCUCUCCUUGUGCUAUUGAUGUCAAGAGCUACGGCGUUAGCGCCAAAGUCUCCCAGAUAUAAUGGCCAGCAAAGUGCCGCAGAUAUCGACCAUGCCAUAUCGCCAAUGUCCAUACUUGCCGACGUGAAUCCAACUUCACUUUCGACCAACCCGAUCACUGAUUCUCCAACCUCAUAUCCAGCAACUGACAGCGAUAUCCUACCCUCCCAACGACGUCUCGCCGAGAUCACCGAGAUGAUACAUACAGCCUCCCUGCUUCACGACGAUGUCAUCGACCACUCCCUAUCAAGGCGAGGAAAUCCUUCGGCAAACCUCGAGUUCGGCAACAAAAUGGCAGUUCUAGCUGGAGAUUUUCUAUUGAGUCGCGCUUCAGUGGCUCUUGCUCGUCUGCGCGAUGCAGAGGUCACAGAGCUUUUGGCGACGGUUAUUGCAAACCUGGUGGAAGGAGAAUUUAUGCAAUUGAAGAAUACCGCGCGGGACGAGAAAAAUCCUGUCUGGACUGAAGAUACAAUUACGUACUACCUUCAAAAGACAUAUCUGAAAUCCGCAAGUCUGAUAUCUAAGUCUUGCCGAGCUGCAGCACUUCUUGGGAGCUCAGAUUCCGUGACGGUCGAUGCGGCAUAUUCUUAUGGAAAAAACCUUGGACUUGCGUUCCAGCUGGUGGAUGACAUGUUGGACUAUACGAUUAGUGGUGAGGAGUUGGGGAAGCCAGCUGGUGCAGAUUUGGAAUUGGGGCUUGCGACGGCUCCUCUAUUAUUUGCCUGGAAGAACAACAAGGAGUUGGGUUCUCUAGUUGGGAGGAAAUUCGCCAAGGAGGGUGAUGUUACUAAGGCUCGAGAAAUGGUUCUCCAAAGCGACGGUUUAGAGCAAACGCGUGCUCUCGCAGAGGAAUACGUCAGCCGAGCAAUUGCCUCCAUCGAUGCCUUCCCAGAUUGUGAAGCAAAAGAUGGCUUGGUAGAAAUAGCUAUCAAGACCUUGAAGCGAAGGAAGUGAUGAUCUGACAGUUUCUGCGCUCCUGAAAACCUCCUCUUACAUCGGCAGCGUCUCUGCCAUCUGUAUAAUGAAGCUCACGGGGACAUGUGCAUAGACGAGGAUGUAUUAUAACGGCGUUUACAUCGGCAUAAGCUAGCAAUAGCUCAAAAUAGACGUUUGAUGUUCAUUGCUCAGGAGCUCUGCUGGUUCUUUGGAUAUUUUUUCGGUUUCUCAUUCCUUGGUCUCAACCACAAAUCUCCUUGCGAAGUUUCUUUGCCCUCUGUUCUUUUAUUGGGCCAUUGUCAGCUAGUGCUCUCCCUUAUUGAAUCCAUUUCUGCAUGUCCAUGGUUUGUCACUAGCAAAACAUGGCAAUCCUUUCAAUUUGCCUGGUUAACUUUGCCUUACGAAUAAACUUUUGUCUGACAGGAACAGGCCAGUCCUUCAGAUGAUGCCGCUUUAAAUGAAAAAGUCUUAUCUGCUG